UUAACUGUGUGUGUGAAGGUGGUCGGAGAUGUUUGGAGCGGGCAGUCUGGUUAGCGGGAAUUAGUGUGCCCAUCCGUCUGUACACAUAGCAGCAUGUGGCUGAAGGCUGAGGGCUGAAGGCUGGGGAAGCUCCGACCGACCGACCGUCCUACCGGAGAAGCGGCUCCAUGUCAAAAUGCCAACCUUCUCAGUCAUGUAUAAAGGAGCUGUCAUCAUUAGCAGGACACUAAUGGGUCCAUACGGAGUAGACCGAGCUGUUCAUUCCAUGGAGUUUACAGACUGUGAGAAUGGCCUGGGUCACAAGUGAAAGAGCUGUGGACGUCUUGAGAGCAGCCUCAGCAACCAAUCACAUGCGCCUUCUCAUAGCCAGAGAUGAAGAAGCAAAGAAAGAAUUUGCUGAGUUGCUAGAGAAGUAUGGGUCUAAUGGCAGCACAGGAUCAACACGCAACUCUCCUAUCCAGCAAGGAGGCCGCUACCUGGAUAGCACAUCAUCUGGUUCCUCAUCUCGCUCCCAGAGUCCUUUGUUGUUGAGCCCAGCAGGCUCUCAGAACAUGUACAACAACAGUGGGUCCAUGCUGCGCUCCCUCAGUCAUCCAGGUGAAGGAGUGAUUCAGCUCAUCUCAGUGGCGCGAUCCGGCAGUUUGGGCAUCACCAUCGGAGGAGGCUCCAAUAGGCCCGACGGCCCGGCGGUCUUCAUUCAGGAAGUGCUGUCUGGAGGCGACUGUCACCGAGAUGGACGUCUGAGGCCUGGAGAUCAGCUCAUCGCCAUUAACAAGGAGUCUUUGAUAGGUGUGACCCACGAGGAGGCCAAAAGCAUGCUGAACAAAGUCAAAUUCAGCCAAGACGGUGCAGUGGAGAUAGCCUUCAUACCAGGGAAAGGACUUUUUCCAAGCAGUACAUCUCUGCACAACGGGAUCCAGCGAGCCACAGGCAACAACUACAACUCUGGUCGCUUAAAAGUCCACAUCAGAUCACCUGAGAUCUGUACAGAGGAGCCAGCCCCUGUGUCCUCAUCUUCUCCUGACAUCUGCCCGCCAGAUAUCCAUAUUUCAGGUUCAACCAGCCAGAGGUCCCGCAAACAGGGGACCAAACCCCAAGAUAACACUGACCCCUACAUCCGCCUCAAAUCAGACAGUUAGACUUGGCUCUGUCCUUCCUCGGAUUGGAUGUCACAGAAGAGAAAAGGAAGAAGUUGAGGCAGAGUCUGACCACAGACCCACAAGGCACUGUGGCCUAUGGAGACUUCGUGGAGGCCACCCGGAACAUCUUCCAGGAGAACCUGGAGG